AUGUUUGUUAGCAACAGAAUGCUAACAGGAACGAAUCUCUCCUUGGCGGAGCUUGUCACAGGGAAUGGAAGCAUGGUUGAAGCCAAUAUAACCGGCAUUGGGCUAACCAGAUCUGUGGAAGAGACAGAUGACAUUCUGAAAAUUUGUAUCAUUGGGGUUUUGUGUGGUUUGAUCAUCCUGGGGAACACGGCGGUGCUAUUAGUUAUCUCCUCGCCAGUCUUGGGCUGGUCUAAGAACAGCCGCCUGGUCCUGAUAUCGCUAACCGGGGCUGACGCCGCUCUAGCAUUGAUAGUCAUCCCGCUGAAUUUAUACGGCAACAGCGUGCAGCAGCUCCGAAACCAGAUUGACUCGCCCUUCUGUCACAUAGUGGUAUUUCUAGACGCCAGCAUCCUCACUUCUUCCAUAUAUUCUCUAGCCACUAUCAGCAUCGAGCGCUACAUUGCCGUGUUUCUCCCCCUCAGAUACAACACCGUGAUGACCAACUGCAGAAUCAAAGCCCUCAUUGCUCUUGUCUGGCUCUUGCCGCCCAUCCUCUCAUUCCCUAUAUCCAUCCCACGUGGAAUUGUCAAAGUUUACUUCUCCAGGGCGUCCUUGAUCUGUAACCUGGAUUUCUCCAGCAACGUGGCCUAUUCCCUCGCGCUGACGGCGUUCAUCUUCUUUCCCUGCUCACUCAUCAUGACUUUUGCUAAUUUCCGCCUCUGGUUUGUAGCCAGGAGACAGAAGAACCGAUUUAAACUGUCAAAGGUGAACAGGAGGCACGAUGCUGCUUCUAGAAUCCUGGUGCCUGUGGUUAUAGUCUAUUAUAUCUGCUGGAGCCCUUGUGUCUGUAACAUCGUCUACCAGGCUCUAACACAGCAGAGGGCGCCAGAGUGGUUGGAAUUCAUUGCCCUGUGGUUACCAUGUGGAAAUGGUUUCUUCAACUGCAUUGUAUACUUCUGGUUAAACAGGAGUUUCAGGAGAAAGUUCCAGGAAAUGGGGCAAAAUCUCUGCUGGCCCAAGUGCUUUUUUGCCCAAGAUGGUUCAAUCUCACAAGUUCCUAGUGGAAGCGUAAUCAUCAAAGUUUGGAAAGAGCAUAGUGAUACAGCACCAAGGGCUUGCAGCAUCUCAUCCACUUGUAACUUGGUAUCCUCCAGCAGUGAAACCAUUUUAUCAAAUAUAUAGACUGAAUAGGUAUACCCUAGUCCUCCACAAUUUUCAUGGUGUUGGGCCAACUUUUCAAAGCAUCUCAGAAGUGUCGUGAACCAUAGUCUGGAUGAGGGAAC